AUCCGGAGGAAAUUAACUAGCUUAUUGUAGUGGAUCUGUGCGUCGUUUAUGAUAUUCGAUCAAACUUAGCGUAUAAUAUGCGACAAUUAUAGGAUAUACGCUCUGCACUUUAUUCUGGGUCAAUUAAGGUACAACAUUUAGGAAGAAGAUCAGUCUGUGAACAUAGCCAACAAAUGGAAGGAAUGGCAUCUAGUAAUUGACAAUGAGUAUGCAUUAAAUCGGGACAAAAAGAUGCGGCUUCUGUGGAUUAUCAUCAGUCGAUAACGCAAGUAGCUUCGUGACGUCCUUGAUUCUGUAUCCGACACGUCCAAGAAACGUACAGGCUGAAAUGAUGGCGCAGAGAUUGCGGCACACUGAGAUGAUGGAACUGGAAUCUCCCAGCGAGUCGGAGGCCAGAUCCGGGCUGGAAAAUGGUCCUGCAGCGACGUCACGUGCGUCGCAUCGACUCAUCAGCAGCAUACCUCACCUGGGGAUCAUUAUGGCUAUUGCGUCGAGUUUCUUCUUUUCGCUCAGCUCUUUGAUCGUCAAACUGGUACCUGAUGUACAUCCGGUAGCAUUAGCCACUUACCGGUUCGCCGGCAUCUUAUUGCCAAGCAUACCGAUCGUUAUCCGCCGAUCCGAGGACCCAUUCCCCAAAGGCAAACGAUGGCUUCUCCUCCUCAGAGCUUUUCUCGGCACGACCAGUUUGAUGAGCCAAUUCUACGCUUUGCGUCACAUGCCGCUGGCAGAUGCUUCCGUCAUCAUUUUCAGUGUACCCGUCUUCGUAGCUAUCUUUGCUCGGAUUUUCCUCAAGGAGGAAUGCGGAUUGUUCCAUGUCGCCAAUAUCAUUUUGACGCUGUGCGGAUGCAUUUUGAUAGCCAGGCCUCCCUUCCUCUUCGCUAGUAUGGACGCACUACCGCUGCCAGAAGAUGGUAGCGUCUACGACAACGCUUUCUGGGGAGCAGUGGCUGCUUUGUGCGGAACUCUCUUUGCUGCCAAUGUCUACGUCGUCAUUCGUUCUCUCAAAGGUCUCCACUUUUCGGUGAUUAUGUCGUCGUUUGGCGCGUUCGCCAUUCUGCAAACGUUUAUGACCACUUGGGCGCUGAACGAGCUUUGUCUGCCGGCUUGCGGUCACGACCGCUACUUGAUGGUUUUAUUGGCCGUUUUCAGCUUCGCCGGACAGAUCUUGCUGACGAUGGCGCUGCAACACGAACAAGCUGGACCCGUGGCCAUUGCCCGGUCGGCUGAUGUUGUCUUUGCUUUCAUUUGGCAGGUGAUAUUUCUGAACGAAAUACCUGGCUGGAUCAGCCUGAUUGGCGCCCUUCUCGUCACCACUUCAGUCCUAUUGACAGGAGUACGGAAAUGGGUCGAGGGACUGGACAGUCAUGACCCACUUCGCCAACGGCUCUGGUUUCUCCAGCGAUGAAUAUUGUUCCAUUUGCUUCGUUAUUUAUCUAAAUCCCCAAUGUUUAUUUUUUUUUUCCUAUUUAUUUUUUCUAAUUGUUGCUCUUAAUUUUCUGGCCCAGUGAUAGUAUUAUAGCAUCAAGCGAAACCAAAGAAAACCGUGGCGAAUGAAAACAUCCGGUGCGACACAAGACAACCCAAAAAAAAAACUACCAAAAUCCAGUCAUCAAGUGCUGAAAAGAAAAUACUCGUCUAGGGCCUUUGCCGUUCCCGUGCAAUUCUUUGUGUCCACGUCUCACUUUGAACCCCUCCCCCCCCCCACACACAAACACAAACACAUACCCCCCAAAAAAAGGAAAGAGAAAGUGGUUUGUAAUUCACACUUUUGUAGUCAUCAGUUGCCCGUGUCUUGUCUUACGUACUACUUCAUAGUUC